UUUUAGUGUUUAUUUAUGACUUGUGUUUGCUUAUAUCGUUUAGGUGUGGGGUUUGCACUUCGCAAAAUAGUAUCGAAGCUCAGCAGUUAUACGAAUAUACAGGUAGACGAGAGUGGUACGUGGACCCUUGAUAUCACGUCGACGUUUAAAAAUAUACAUCUUCAGUUUAAACUUGGCGAGGAAUUCGACGAAACUACAGGAGAUGGCCGUCACAUGAAAUCAACGUUUACCGUUGAAGACGGUGCCUUGAAACAGAUACAACGUGCCACGAAAUCGGGAGGCGUUGAUUCAAUAAUAAUUCGGAAACUGCAAGAAGACGGAACCAUGAUCGCGGUAAGCAACUUAUUCAU